GCCCACCGGCAUGAGCUCAAAUUAUUUGACGUCUUCAACCCUAGAACCAGACGGCUCGGGGAUCAAAAACAAGAAGCUAGCUGGCUUUCAAGCUGGUAKGCAGGUUGUUAUAGCUUCGUCUGAAUUUAUAACGUAGCUAAGGACAUUAAAAUAGAGGUAAGAUAUAAGUGAAACAAACGUCAAAGAUACACGAGCGUCGGAUAGGAACGGAGGGCAACUUUUCCCGGAAAGGUGGGGAUUUGUUUUCAUUUGAUUUGGUUGGCUAACGCUAGCUUAACCUAAUAACGUUACUGUACGUUAGCCAACAACAGUCGCAAGACUCCUUCCUGGACUUGUCGAAGUUGCAAAGCUAGGUAACUAGCCAGCUAGCUGAAAAGACACAAUCAGGAUAAUAAGCUCCUUCCUAUCUCGAAAGCCAUUUUCUUUUGUGUUUCGCAUUAGCUACUAUACACUGUUACUCGUUCGUUCUUUGUAGCUGGACCCUCCUUAAAUUAAAAUCAUGGCGUGUGGAGCGACCCUGAAAAGAACCAUGGAGUUUGAUCCAUUGAUGAGUCCGACGUCGCCUAAAAGGAGAAGGUGUAUCCCGGUUUCCCCAUCAUCCUCCUCAUCCCCACGGAAAUACCUUCGCAUGGAGCCGUCACCAUUUGGAGAGGUGUCGUCAAGACUAUCAGCUGAGCAAAUUCUGAACAACAUCAAGCAGGAGUACAAGCGCAUUCAGAAGAGAAAACACAUCGAUGGAGUUUACCAACAGACAGAGGGUUGCUACUCCCCAGAGUCUCCACCCCCUCUCGGUGGAUCCAGUAUGCCAGGCACAUCGGCUGGAGGUUCUUCUCCAUCAAGGAAAGAACAGCCCUUAUUUACUCUUAGACAAGUUGGAAUUAUUUGUGAACGUCUACUGAAGGAGCGUGAAGAUAAAGUUCGGGAGGAAUAUGAGGAGACCAUGACUUCCAAGUUGGCAGAACAAUAUGACACUUUUGUGAAGUUUACACAUGACCAGUUGAUGCGAAGAUUUGGAGAGCAACCUGCAAGCUAUGUUUCCUGAAAGCGUCCCAGUCUGCCAGGUGACCUGUUGCUGCAAGCUAUCGAGUUUAAAUCUUGGGAAAUCACCACAAGAGAUUCAUUUGGUUUAUUGAAACUUUUCUUACUGUGCCAUAUUUCUCCUUUGGGCAAAGGUUUAUAAGCCGUUGUCAGUGGUUAUCACUCUCCCUCGCAAGCAGCUAGGUGCUUCCUAAUGUAAAUGUAUAGGCCCUCUACCAGUGGCCUACAUUUCUCCUGCUGUACUUGUAUUGAUAAGGCCUCACUCUUACAAGGAUUUCCAAACUUUAUUCAUCGUUUUAUUUCUUUGUUACAUGUAUGUAUGUAUGUAUAUAUGAUAAAGCAAUGUAGAAAUCCAUGUAAGGUUUGCUGGUCAAUCUAUGAGCAAGUGGAAGAUGCAGGUUAGUACAGUUUGGAGAGAAUAUGCGGAUGCACCAGUCACACUUUGUAAAGUCCCAUACAAAUUUUAUUUUUAUUUUUUUCUCUCAAAAUGUUUAUUUUAUCAUUUUUGUUUUCCUGGUAUUACUUUCAAACCUAUGUACUUAGUGGAAAAGCAAACAAUAAAAUGUUUUAAGGCUUA